GCUUUGGGAGAUGAAAGCGUGUUUACUUGGCAAAUCUGCUUCUAUUAAAUGAGUGACCUCUAGAACCGGGUGCAGAUCGUUUACAAGCAAGUGCUAGUGAGGAAAGCCAAACUAGAUACCCUCCAACGGUCAACUUUUAUCUAAGAAAAGCAGCAUUCUUCAAAACUGAUAUUUUUAUUAUUAACUUUUCGGACAAUGUCGCUGACCGCAUCCCACUGGCAUGCCAACCCACUCAAUCCGCCCUCUCUCGCGCCGUCUCUCCAAGAAUCUACCACUACCCCAGAAUUUGACCCGCCUUCCAAAAUCCGUAAUAACGCCUGCGGCGUUCACCUGGAUGUGCAACUCGAUCGGACCAUUUUCGUGGCUGCAGGAGAUGUCAAUGGACAUGUUGUUGUAAAUGUCAGGAAGCGCGAGGGGGUCAAGAUUGGUAGAAUUGAAGUUGAUGUUGUUGGGUUUGAAGAAACCACCGCCAAAUCCCAGUCCCAUCGCCGUCUCCUCCUUUGGCAUACACUGCCGGUCCAAUGUACAUCGCUCCCGCCGAGCAGUGCGGUGCAUGCAGGCCCACCCGACGAACACGGCAUGUGGCUCGCAAAAAAAGGAAGACAUGUCCUAGAUUUUUCUAUUCCGCUCGAAAAGUUUGGCGAAGGAAUGCAUUCGUCCGGAUCUGAAUCAAGACUCAAAGUUCAGCACGAGGUUGUAAAGCCCUUACCUUCUUCAGUAUGGUGUAAGGGUGAAGGAGGCGUCAGAUACUUGGUGGUAGUUACCUUACAUUUAAAACCGCUGAGAUCAACGCGACCUUUGACGCCCUUAUCGACGUUUACGCCAUUUUUUCUUCUUGAGUCCCUCCCGCCACUGACCUCACCUCUGACUCGAUUUCCCACCAGUACGGACCCUGGGUCUCCUCAUGCAGCGGAAACUACCGCUGUAGUGGGUGGAAAAUACUGGUUUGGGUUGGGGCGAAAGGGCGAAGUUAGCGUGAAGGCAUCUGUGAGGGUACCUGAUGAUAAUGAAGGUGGUGUUGGCUUCUGGGUGGCCGGCAGCGUUGGGUUUGUUGGACUGGAUAUCGAGAAUGGAAGUGAGAGAAAGAUAACGGAUUUAAAACUAACUCUCAUCCGCCGCCUGAAAACUUUUUCGCCAAGCGCAAGUAGUCCGCCUCCAAACACCACUACCACGACUCUGACCCCACAUUCGACUAGCACAUUGCGCCCGAUUUCCUUUUCGCGUGUACCGAUUGCCAAACGGACGUGGAAGGUGGGCAAAAAUGAGCUGGGUAGUGACGAAGUUGCGGAAGAGUGGAAGGGGGUGGAUAGAGGAGAGAAGAGAUGCGUAGUACUGGAUUUGGCCGUGCCGAUUAAUGCCCGGUCCAUACGAUUCGGAAUGCUAUUGGAUGUUUCAUACGUAGUCCAGGUUACGAUUAAACCCAGGGGCAGCACGCCACUCUGCACUGAGAUCCCCAUAACAAUCCUCCAUCCUGCCUCUCUUUACCAAAAUGUUCCAACCAUCCAACUGCGGACACUUUCAAAACCAGUUCGCCCAGCCCCGAGGCGAGAACUUGGCGGGAACGUUGGCGUGACAGUUCUUCCCGACUCGGAUGAUCCAAACAGCGAGAUUGCGGAACCGGCUGAGGGGGAUAUAACACGUCCUGUUUCGCCGACAGGUGUGGCCAGCGCUGCUGAAGAACAGUAUCGACACCCGUCUACGAGUUCGAGGGAAGGGCCAGUACAAAGUCAGAUGGCUCAGAAGCAGAUUGAUCUGCUUCGGAAUGCAUCGAUUAGGUCGUCUACUACCAAUGGCACGUCAAAGCCGAGACGACCAGCAACGAACGGGAUGCCGGACCGAGCUGGCACCGUAGACCGUUUGAGCACAUUGGACCGAGCAAGCACCAUAGACCGCACAAGCAUGCUUAAUCGCGCAUACACUCUACAUGGGGCCAACACAAACACAUUGGAUCAGUCCCAUGCCUUGGAACGAGCCAAUACCCUCGACCACCCACAAAGCUUUAGCCAAUCACCCCUUCCGCCUGAAAAUCCACCCUCUCCAGCAGCUCGCCGCGCAGCCCAAUUCCACAUCAACGGACCUCCCAAUUUUUUUUCUUCACCCGUGAUGCCCGAAAAUGAACAACCCGACAAUCAAAUGGGGGAAUCUCUCGCGCAUGAUGUGGACGAUAUAUCAAGAACCAUAGACAAACUUUUUGAGGGCUUUCCCGGCAUGUGAACGGGGGCGUAGAUGUUGUGUUUAUCAGUGGGAAGUGUCCGUGUUUAGAG